AUGGAGGCACCAGAGAGGAUUCAAGCAAACAGGCAAGUGGCAGCCUUUGUUGUGAUGGUGUUCUUGUCUCAGGCUCGCUGCGAGCCCUUUCGUUACUCUGUGCUGGAGGAAACAGUGGGCGGCUCCCUUAUAGCGCAUCUGGCCGAGGACCUGGGCCUGGGAAGCGGGGAGCUGGCGGCCCGGGCGGCCCGAGUGGUCUCUGACGACGACAAGCAGCUUUUGCAGCUGGACCGUCAGACGGGAGAUUUGCUUCUGAGGGAGAAACUAGACCGGGAAGAGCUUUGUGGGCCGGUUGAACAGUGUGUGCUGCAUUUCCAUGUGUUCCUGGAAACACCGAUGCAAUUCUUCCAAGGAGAGUUAUCGAUCCAGGACAUAAAUGACCAUUCUCCAGUAUUCCCGGAUAGGGAAAUGCUCUUGAACAUACCAGAAAACAGUCAGCUGGGGUCUGUAUUUCUAUUGAAAGUGGCUCAGGAUUUGGAUGUGGGCAGCAAUGGUCUGCAAAAAUACACCAUCAGUCCCAAUUCUCAUUUUCACGUUCUCACUCGCAAUCAUAGUGAGGGCAAGAAAUACCCAGAGUUGGUGCAGGACAAAGAGCUGGAUCGAGAGGAGCAGCCUGAGUUCAGCUUGACCCUCACGGCGCUGGACGGUGGGUCUCCACCAAGGUCUGGGACAGUCGUGGUCAGAAUCCUGAUCCUGGAUGUCAACGACAAUGCUCCUGAGUUUGUGCACUCACCAUAUGAGGCGCAGGUCCUAGAAAAUAGCCCACUGGACUUCCCGAUAGUUCAAGUCUUGGCUAGGGAUGCAGAUGCUGGAAAUUAUGGAAGGGUUUCCUACGAUUUUUCCCAAGUAUCAGAUGAAAUUAAGCAAACUUUCUCGAUAAAUGAAGUCACGGGCGAAAUUCGACUGACGAAGAAACUGGAUUUUGAGAAAAUCAAGUCUUACCAUGUGGAAAUCGAGGCUACAGAUGGAGGAGGUCUUUCUGGGAAAGGCACUGUGAUCAUAGAGGUGGUGGACGUGAACGACAAUGCCCCGGAGCUGACCGUAACCUCACUCACCAGCUCCAUCCCAGAGAAUGCUCCCGAAACUGUAGUCUCUAUCUUCCGAAUUCGAGAUAGAGACUCUGGAGACAACGGAAAGAUGAUUUGUUCUAUUCCAGAUAACUUGCCGUUCAUUCUGAAACCAACUUUUAAGAAUUUCUAUACCUUGUUAACAGAGAGUCCGCUAGAUAGAGAGAAAACAUCUGAAUACAACAUCACCAUCACCGUUACCGACUUGGGCACCCCCAGGCUGAAAACCGAGCACAAGAUAACCGUGCUGGUCUCCGAUGUGAAUGACAACGCGCCCGCCUUCUCCCAAGCCUCCUACACCCUGUUCAUCCGCGAGAACAACAGCCCCGCCCUGCACAUGGGCACCAUCAGCGCCACAGACAGAGACUCAGGAGCCAACGCCCAGGUCACCUACUCGCUGCUGCCGCCCCACGACCCGCACCUGGCCCUGGCCUCCCUGGUGUCCAUCAACGCGGACAAUGGCCACCUGUUCGCGGUGAGGUCGCUGGACUACGAGGCCCUGCGAGCCUUCGAGUUCCGCGUGGGCGCCACGGACGCGGGCUCCCCUGCGCUGAGCAGCGAGGCGCUGGUGCGCGUGGUGGUCGUGGACGACAAUGACAACGCGCCCUUCGUGCUGUACCCCAUGCAGAACGGCUCUGCGCCCUGCACCGAGCUGGUGCCCAGGGCGGCCGAGGCGGGCUACCUGGUCACCAAGGUGGUGGCGGUGGACAGCGACUCUGGCCAGAACGCCUGGCUGUCCUACCAGCUGCUCAAGGCCACGGAGCCCGGGCUGUUCAGCGUGUGGGCGCACAAUGGCGAGGUGCGCACGGCCAGAGUGCUGAGUGAGCGCGAGGCGCCCAAGCACAGGCUCCUGGUGCUGGUCAAGGACAAUGGGGAGCCGCCCCUGUCUGUCACCGUCACGCUGCACGUGCUCCUGGUGGAUGGCUUCUCUCAGCCCUACCUGCCUCUGCCUGUGGCCCCUGAGGAGCCUCACGCUGACUCCCUCACCGUCUACUUGGUCAUCGCGCUGGCCUCGGUCUCCUCGCUCUUCCUCUUCUCUGUGCUCCUGUUCGUCACCCUGAGGUUGUGCAGGAGGAACAGGGACACUUCUGUGGGUCGCUACUCCGUGCCUGAGAGCCAUUUUCCAGGCCAUUUGAUGGAUGUUAGUGGCACUGGAACCUUGUCCCAGAGCUACCAAUAUGAAGUAUGUAUGACGGGAGACUCUAGAACUGGUGAGUUCAAAUUUCUGAAGCCCAUAAUUCCCAAUCUCUUGGUUCCGGAUACUGGGAGAGAAGGGAAAGAAAACUGUAGAAAUAGUUUUGUGUUCAGUUAA